AUGACCCGGGGCUUUCCGUCCAAAACUCUCGCUUACAUACUUGUCUGGACGCCCCUGAAUAAGGUCAUGUGUACCUGCCAGCCUGACGAAAUACGGUACCGUGUUGUUUUGAGAGAGUGUGGUAAAGGGGGGGGACCUCUUCACAGGGCGGUACUCCUGUUUGCACAAACGGACGCCGUCCGGCCAACACACAGAAGAGGUGUCCACGGCUGGCUCCCUUUUUUUGUUGCCGAUUUCUUUCGUUUGAGCACUUCCGGUGGAUCGAUUGGCCUUGUUAACGAAGUAAUCUUUGAAUAAGCUUGUUUCUUUAAAGACCCGACCUCGGCACAGUUCCAUCUUUCAGAUUUUUACUUCCAGUAUCUUCAUUAGCUUCAAAAAUUGGGAUAUCUUUGGAUUGAUGAGCUUGCGACCAUGGUUUUUCCUGAUUUGAAAUGGAUUUAGGAUUUUUCUUUAAAAAAACGACGCUUUUUUCGGAUUUCCUUUGUUUGGAUACUUCGGGUGGAUUGAUUUUUUUGAUUCAGAAGCUUCUGAGGGAGAGUUUCACGAUUAUCGUUAAGUCUUACAGACUUUUCUGAUCACCGAAAUUGAUCUAUUGGUUCUUCGUCUUUCUUUUUGGGCUUUUGGGGUACUUCCGGCGUAUUGAUUGGUAGUGGCAAUGGGUGAUUUUUUGAUUUAUGAUCUUUUUACCAAGGUUUUUUUGUGAUUGAGAAUUCCAAAACGCAUUAGAAUCUUACAGAAUUCCCUGAUGAUCCAAAUCGAUCUUUAGCUCAACAGCUCCUUUUUCAAAUUUCAUUGGUACAUCCGAAAAACUGAUUUUUUGAUUGAGAACAUCCUAGAUAAAUAGUUCUUUGAUCAAAAGCCCCACAUUACUUUUUAAAUUCUCACAGCCUUUUUUAUUUAUAUCAAAAUAAGCAGGGUCCUUUUCCGGAAUUUUUCAGUUUAGUUACUUCCGUUUGGUCUUCGCAAUCGAGUUAUCUCAAGAUUCAUAAGCUUGUGAGGUUUUCUGACUAAAGAAUUCACGAUGAGUCGUACAGGCUUUUCUGAACAUCAAAAUUAGUCAACUUUUGAAACUUUUAUUCAGUCUUCAGAGUAGGCUCUCCGCUGAAUCACGGAAUAAUUGAAGAGUUGUUUGUCGGUUCGCGAAACUGUCGUUGAUCAAGCGUAGACGGCGUGUAGAGCAUCUCGCCUCUCUUGUGAUAGUAGUAGACGACUUCAGAGAGUUUCCGACGAUCGCUGCUUCUCCAUGUAGAAACAGUACGGCGCCCAGCUUGUCCAGGGCUGACGGGCGUCGGAUUGAACCUCGGACGAGAGCGGAAAGGAAGACCGACUACUCGGGUGGUAGAGAUGAGUCAACUUUUGCAGGGCUCCUACAAUCUUGA